AUGAAAUCAGAUAUAAAACUUCCAUAUUUAGAUCAUCAACCUCUAAAACUAAAUCCAAGCUACAAAUUGAAGUUUUAAAACCCUUUAAGAAUUUAAUACAUGAGAUUUCUAGAUAAAAGUGAUUUGAAAGAGAGUGAAACAUUCUAUAUGAAAAAUUAUGCCAAAGCAUAUAAUAUACCUAUUCUUUGUACUUAUAGAGGGUAUUUAUGAUAAUAAAAUUAAGUCUUUUGCCAAAACAAAAAGAAGAGAAGAAGAAAAUAAUAUACAAACGACCAAAUUAUAAAUACUUUAAAGAAGAGGAUUCUGAUUUAGAAGGUGAGUAAGUAUAAAAAAUUUUAUCAAUGAAAUAAUCUCAUAAAUAAUAGAAAGUGUUUGUUUCAGAAUGA